UGAUGGAAUUUUCCUUCUAAAUAUUUGCACGAGCCGCUAAUGGCACGGCGCGGCUUUUCGAGAUUGAUGUCUUGCCGGCGUUUUCAGGCCGCUCUUUAAAUGGACGUCCAUUCACGUCCUGGCCGUCGCCGUCGCCACCGCCGCCGCAGCUGAUUAAGGAUGCACGCCGUAGCGCGCACUUGAAGUUCCCCGCCAGCGUCGCCUUUCUCAUUCGCGGUGAACGCGACGACCGUGAUGAGCGGGCACGAACCGCGCAGGUAAAAGGGACACAUCGCCGCCCGCCUCCGGCUCAACCCCGCCACACGCGGUACCCGGGCACGACGGGGCUCCGCAGCCAAGACGAGAGGCACGUCUACUGCAGCGCUCGAGAUGUGGCACGGCUCCGGGGAGACAGCGUUGGCAAGAUGCUAGACGGACUCGAGGAGACGCCGCUACCUGCUCGUCUCGGGACCACCUGCCGCCCACCAGACUAGACCGGAGCCUGGCCGUCCUUUUUCUUUCUCCUCGCUCCAUGCCGGGUGGGCAUGGUCAGCGACUCCAGCAGUCCCUGAGCCGCCAGCCGACAGCACCUUGUUGCGCUCUUGAUGCAGUGCUGUGGCCUGGGGCACCGGCGGAGAGUACGGGUUUCCUACGGAUCGGCGGACUCCUACACUAGCCGUCCAUCUGAUUCAGAUGUUUCUUUGGAGGAAGACAGGGAGGCGGUCCGGAGAGAAGCAGAACGGCAGGCCCAAGCACAGCUGGAAAAAGCAAAGACUAAACCUGUUGCAUUUGCUGUUCGCACAAAUGUCGGCUACAGCGCGGCCCACGAUGACGAUGUCCCUGUCCCCGGUAUGGCUGUUUCGUUUGAAGCAAAAGAUUUCCUUCAUGUCAAAGAGAAAUUUAAUAAUGACUGGUGGAUAGGACGCCUGGUCAAAGAAGGUUGUGAGAUCGGUUUCAUUCCCAGCCCGGUUAAACUGGAGAACAUGAGGAUACAGCACGAGCAGCGGGCCAAGCAAGGCAAAUUCUACUCAAGUAAGUCUGGUGGGAAUUCCUCGUCAAGUUUAGGAGACAUGGUUCCGAGUUCGAGGAAGUCGACUCCUCCGUCAUCGGCAAUUGAUAUAGAUGCCAGUGGCUUAGACGCCGAAGAAAGUGAAAGUCCGGCAAGCCGCUGCUCACCUAAGGGCACUUUAAACAGUGUCACUUCUCCCGUAUCAAAAGAAAAGAGAAUGGCCUUCUUUAAGAAGACUGAACACAUUCCUCCCUAUGAUGUUGUGCCUUCGAUGCGCCCUGUGGUUCUGGUGGGGCCUUCAUUGAAAGGGUAUGAGGUGACAGACAUGAUGCAGAAGGCCCUGUUUGACUUUUUGAAACACAAGUUUGAAGGACGGAUAUCCAUCACACGGGUGACAGCCGACAUCUCGCUUGCCAAACGCUCCGUUUUAAAUAAUCCAAGCAAGCAUGCCAUCAUCGAGCGCUCCAACACCAAGUCCAGUUUAGCUGAAGUACAAAGUGAAAUCGAGCGAAUCUUUGAACUGGCGAGGACUCUGCAACUGGUGAUCCUCGAUGCCGACACCAUCAACCACCCGGCACAACUGGGGAAGACCUCGCUGGCUCCAAUCAUCAUUUACGUGAAGAUUUCUUCUCCAAAGGUCCUGCAGAGGCUGAUCAAAUCCAGAGGGAAAUCACAAGCAAAGCACUUGAAUGUCCAGAUGGUUGCAGCGGACAAACUCGCUCAGUGCCCGCAGGAAAUGUUUGAUGUCAUUUUGGAUGAGAAUCAGCUGGAGGACGCCUGUGAACACCUCGCAGACUACUUGGAAGCUUACUGGAAAGCCACCCACCCGGCUAGCAGUAGCCCCCCAAACCAACUUCUAACCCGCACUCUGGCCACGGCGGCACUGACGGCCAGCCCCGCGGCAGCUUCGGCUCUGCAGGCAUCCCAAUGCGAGCAGAUUGAAAAGCUGGUUUCUGAAAGGACUAAUCCCAGAGAAGAGGAGGAGGCCCACACGGAACCGGCCAAAAAGUCGCAGCACCGCUCCUCCUCCUCCUCCUCCACGACUGCUCAGCAUCACAACCCGCGGGGUGGCACCGGUGGAAAAGGGCUACCGCGCCAGGAGACAUUCGAUUCGGAGACACAGGACAGCAGAGACUCUGCUUACAUUGAACCAAAGGAGGAGUUUUCGGAGGAGCAAGGUGAACAGUACGAGUCCCCCCAUCGAGACCACAAUCACAGGGAGGAGGCGCGUGGCGGCGAGCACAGACACCGCGAGUCACGGCACCGGUCGAAGGAGCAGGAUCGGGAGCAGGACCACAACGAGCGCAACAAACAGCGCAGCCGGCACAAGUCGCGGGACCACUACAGAGAGAGGGAUGGCGAAGUGGUAUCAAAAAAGCGGAGCGACACGGGCGAGUGGAAACGGGAUACCUACAUUCGUCAGUAACUCCUGCAUUACCUGGUCACAAACCGUGGUGCCCUCAUGCACUGGUCACGUCCUUCUGAGGGGGGGCUGGGUGGGGGGUUGUGUGUUUAUGUACCUUGGAUGGCUGAACUUUUUAAGCCCCUCAUUCCGGCGCACGGCUCAGCGCUGUUGCAGGUAAAGCGUCAGAGUCGUGACUUCAGCAGAACUCCUUUUUAAUGAUUCACAAAAAGAAAAGAGAAAAACAAAGAAGUUGUGGUCAAGAUUUGAUGCCACGCUGCCGCGCCACUCGUCACAAUCCACCCACCGGUCGUGUCGACUCAGAUUGGACUCGGCGUCUGAAUGGUUUCUUUUGUUUUCUUAUGAUUUCCAGGUUCUUCGGACAUUUCUCCUUUUUUUGAGAGGAGGACGAUUUUGGUUUUGCAUGCUGAAUAUUUAAGGCUGGUUGUUUUCUCCUUCCUGACCUCCAAUGGCUGUAUGUAGCAUCAGUGGCAUGUGACUCCGUCCUGCCUUACACAACACAGGAAUAGUAGCACUGCCAUUGGGUACCCGUAUCCGCCCGCCAGACUUCUUGAAGCUGCUUUAGAGUGCCAGUCCCGAGGUUUUCCUCAACGGCAGAGGUGUUAAAGAGGCCACAUUCAGUUUUGAGGAGGUGCCCCCUGGCAUGGACCGUGGAAAGCAGUAGCAGUGCCCUUCACAGAGCUUACUACACAAGGCAGUGCCGGGAGUUCAGUUAUAGAAACUUGAUUUAAACUUGCCAUGGUGUCAAAAACCAUGGAAUCAGGAGAAGAAUUGAAACUGAAGUAACCCGCUGUGAGUCGUAACUGGAAAGUCAGGAAACAGAUAUGCGCAUGAAAAACUGCAGUCAAGUAGCGGGGCGCAAAUUCAAAGACCUCCACUGUAAAUACACGAAACCAGAGCCAAGACGAUAAUCUUAACUCGUAGUCAAGAAACAGAGACGAAAUUCGUUAGCUAGAUUGUUGAUACUUUAUGUGGCCCCAAAAGGGGGAACUUCAAAUGUUACAUCAGCUCAAAGACGAGAAUAAAAACCAACAAUGACCCCCCAGACACACAUAAGGAUUUCUGUUCUUGGGUAACACAGAGCUGUGACAGUAAGAUGAGGUCAGACCUGCCCGGUUGUACCACAGGCUUACACCACUUACAUCUGAACAGAGCAGAUCUCGCUCAUAGUGGCCACCAGCAGAACAUCCUGACAGACAUUUGUGUCCUGUCAGCAUUCAGAAUGAUUCAUCAUUGAGAUAUUAGUAGCAGAGAGAUUCGUUUCUGUUGCUUUGUCAGCCACGAUGAUGAUGUGACUUAUCUCCCUGGGCAGGGUCGGGGAUGAAUUCAAUGUCUGCAUCACACAUUUAGUGUUAACUCUCUGUCCCCCUCGUAUUACUGACACAGGCCAGCGAGGAGGGCCCCGCCUGGCUCCCCACUCCUGACGUCACACUUCCCCCUCUCCUCGACCCCCAACCUCUGUCUCAGAUUAGCGUGAUUGUAUCGCUCAUGCAAGUGAACUAGGAUUCUUAGCUCGAUGACAGAAGUUGCAAAAUCAACCGGAAUGUUCUAGAAAAUUCUAGAGAAAAAAAAAAACCCCGAUCUGAAUCCGUUACUUAGUUCUCUCAUGAAAAGCGGACAGACGUACAGACGUUGGAUUUUAUAAAUAGAGCGAUUGUACCGAGUUCCCUUUGUCACCAUUGCUCCCUCACUUAGAUCUCCGGUCCUCCUCCUGCUUUGUCCAUUCAGUCUGCUGAAACACAUCCAGCAUCACAAGAGCAUCGGAAAUAAGAGGCGUAAGUCAGAUCUCUGCAGUACCCAAAAUGUCACUGUACCUGGGCACGCUGUGACUCGCCGUGACACAAAGAAAUCAGACAUUUCUCAUUAUGUGGAGUGACCCCAGGUCGGAAUCCUUCUCCAUUUUCCUUUGAUGCUCACUCUGGAUCUUCGCCCUUUCCAUCUCCUCUGAUAAGAGGUAACUUGAGCCGCACUGAUCACGAGUUCAGGAAUAUUUCAUAAGUUCCACUUCACGUUCCUCAGAGUCUCCUACAUUCUCCGAUACUGUAGACGUAAGGUAGCCUUUAGAUCCUAUGCUCAUCUCUGAAGUUCA